AUGGACAGUGAUUACAGUGAUGAAGGCUAUGCGGGGUCAUCGGAAGAGCAGGAUGCGUCUCUGAUGGACAGCGACGACGACUAUGCGUUCGACAACGCAGCCGCGCCAUUCUCUUCCAAGAGCAAGGCGCAGUAUGCUAUCUUGAAGCGCGACGAUAUUGUACAGCGGCAGAAAAAGGCCAUCUCUGAGGUGACCUCCAUCCUGGGGCUCAACGAGGAUGAGGCGACGCGCGUGCUGCGCAAGUUUAAAUGGGACGUCAACCGUGUCAAUGAGGAGUGGUUCAGUGACGUGGAGGCGGUGCGCAAGGCGGUGGGCAUCCUGGAGGAGCCUGCGCCAGAGGGCCCCGGGGAGAGCAGCAAGGUGGGGGCCUCGGGAUGGUGUGGCCCUGAGCCGGUCGGGAAGGAGCAGUUGUGCUGCCACCAUAUCGAGGAGUACAGCUCUUGA